UUUACCGUAGAAGAAGAGUCUGUUGUUACUGAUGUGGGAGAAGAAACCGUUAGCUCUGUUUACAGAAGAUGUCAGGUAGGAGGAGGCUACUGCCCUGUGUGGGUCUGGGGCUGCUCGCUGUCCUCUGCUGGGUGUGGGUCUCCUUCGCCUCCCUCUCUGGAGAACAGCUUCAUCUCGAAGUCCUGGACGUGGCGGACCGAGGAGCCUUUCAGCCGCAGAGCGCUUUGUCCGACAUGGAGUUUGGCUCUGUGGCCUCAUACAGAGGACCAGGGAACAGUGACCGCCGCAGUAACAAGGAGCUGCCCAUUAUCCUCUGGUGGAGUGGGGGACUUUUCCCACACUUCCCUGGUGACACUGAACGCAUCGACUGCGCCACGUCCUCCUGCCUGGUGACAAGCAACCGCAAGGUCCAGCUUUACAAGAGGACAGCAUCCAUCAUCUUUUAUGGGACAGACUUCAGGGCGUAUGAGGCUCCACUCCCCCGCCUGCGCCACCAGACCUGGGCGCUUUUCCACGAGGAGUCACCGAUGAACAACUACAUCCUCUCUCACGGACCUGGGAUCAGGCUGUUUAAUUACACGGCCACAUUUCGCAGGGAGUCAGACUAUCCCCUGACUCUGCAGUGGCUGCCCUCCCUUGAAUACCUGCUGGAGCCUGUCGCUGUGUCUCUGGAGGAGAAAAACCGCCUAAGGAGGGAGGGCUUGGCUCCUGUGCUUUAUAUGCAGUCUCACUGCGACGUGCCAUCGGACAGAGACCGCUACGUCCAAGAACUCAUGAAGUACAUCCAGGUGGAUUCUUAUGGGAAAUGCCUGAACAACAGACCCCUCCCAGAACACCUGGAGGACACAGCCACUGCUACCGGCGAGGAGCCGGGAUUCAUGAACUUCGUGGCUCGCUACAAGUUCCACCUGGCACUGGAGAAUGGCGUGUGUCCAGAUUACAUGACAGAGAAGCUCUGGCGGCCCCUCCAUCAGGGCUGCGUGCCUGUCUAUCGAGGCUCCCCGGUGGUGGCUGACUGGAUGCCCAACGACCACUCAGUCAUAAUUAUAGAUAACUUUCCCUCACCCAAAGCCCUCGCAGACUUUCUCAAGCAUCUGGAUGAGAACGAUGAUGAAUAUGUUAAAUAUUUAGAGUUCAAGGACCCCAGAAGGAUUACCAAUGCUCGCCUGCUGGAGGGCUUGGAGACGCGUGAAUGGGGAGUUAACGACAUGAGCAAGCCUAACUACCUAAAUGGAUUUGAAUGUUAUGUUUGUGAGCAGGAGAAUGCCCGAUUGGCUGCAGAAAGAGCCUACAGGAAAGCUCAGAAGAGGAACCAAGCACCUCAGCCUAAAAUGGCCAGUAACUCCCACAUGGGCUGCCCACUGCCCAGCCCGGGGUACGGAGACGUCAAAGACUUGCCUCCAGACGACGGAUGGUUGCAAAUAUGGCCUCAGGAUUACUGGCAGAGCCUCGAUCAGGCUGAGGGGCUGGAGUCCCUGAUAAGACACAACGAGUCGGACCCCUCUCUGCUGUGGAAGCACAUCCAGAACAUUGCUGUGAGCAGAGCCAGAGGAAAACACUGACACAGGCUCUAAAGCAAACAGAGCAUGGAGCCCGUCCAGGGCUACAGGGCGGCCCCUGUUAUGCGUCCCCUCUGUUUAAACCAGGGUUCAAAUCACAGUUUCACACCGAGCCUCAACAGCUUCCCUUGUGUGGAUUAUAGUGUCUUCAAAAAUCUUCAAACCUCUUAAGCUUGUUCAAACUACAACCAAAUCCCUUUAUUUAUUCGAUCAGGAUUUCAUGUGAUAGAGCAGCAAAAAAAAGUGACAUGGUUGAAAAGAUAUUUAUAACACUGCAAAAAAUUAAAAUCUUAAUAAGUUAUUUUUUCUUAAAAUAAGUGCAUUUUAUCUUGAAUUGAGGAGGUAAGUGA